CAAGUGCAAGCGCACUUAAUUACAUUGAAGAGGACUCACGUAAACGUCACUUUGCCAAAAAAAAGAAAAUGCCAACGUCUGAAGGAAAAACAAAGAUGAAAGUUUAAUACAAAAUACACAUACGAAACGUAAAAGCGUGCAUAAAAAGGAUUUUCAUUUAGCAUCAAAUAUACACAGAUAGAUGACACAAGUUGCUGCCCGCAACAACGCUACGCCGAAAUAAAUUCUGCUUUCUGCACGCUUAAAGUAUGGUUUAUGGACGCAGCAUCGCUAUCGGUGGCUGCCUGCUGCUUUCGGUCAUUACACUCUCGGCAAUAAUAUUCUAUUUGAGUUUGGGACCCUGCCCGCAGGGAACCUUCGCCUGCGAUGGCAAUACGUUGUGCGUGCCACAGCGCCAAAUUUGCGACAAUCGCACAGAUUGUGAGGAUGGCAGCGAUGAACACCCGGUCGAGUGUGGCCUACUUUAUGGCAGUAAGGCGCUGACCGAUAAAAUUGUCGGCAAUGCGAUUGAACGAAGACGGCAACAACAACAACAACAAAGACAAAAACAGCGGCAGCAGCAGCAGCAGAGCGGGCAAUUUCUUGGCGGAGCAGCAGGAGAAUUGAUGAAUGUGACAAGCGUGGGAGUGCCACCAGCGGAGGAAGAAUCCAUUGACUCUGUUGGCGGUGGGCAUCGUACGCAAGUAAUUGCCAGCGCUGGCGGCAGCAGUAUUAGUGGGGGCAACAUGUAUGCCAGCGGUGGCAACGAAGAAGUUGCGAACUGUGAAAUUACAACAUAUCCUAAAGGUGUAUGCACUUGUCGACAGCGUACAAUAUUGUAUUGCGGCCGCAAAGCGAAAUUGACGCGUAUACCGCGCUUAAGUGCAGAAGUGACGUACUUGAUGAUCGGCCGCAGUAAUUUGACACUGCGUGAGAAUGCCUUUAUUGGACUGAAACGCUUGGUGAAGCUCUCACUGAAGCAUUGCAACAUAUCGCAUGUGCCGCUGGGCACAUUUAAUGGUCUACACCAGUUGGAGAAAUUGGAUGUGCGGCACAAUAAUAUCAGCGCGCUGCCAGUCGGCACAUUUCGUGGCAUGAACUUUUUGGUGUGGCUUUUCUUCAUCUCGAAUCAAUUGCGUCAGUUGCCGUUGGCACAAUUUGCGGACAUGCCACGCCUUGAAUGGCUGAUGCUGAGUGAUAAUUUACUCACACUUCGUAACGAGAGAUUUCCGCACAUGCCGCGUCUAUAUGAAAUCUAUUUGGAUUCAAAUCGCAUGGAAUAUAUUGCAGAGGAUACCUUUGCUCAUUUGACUAAUUUGAAUUUGCUAGAUCUCAAUGAAAAUCGCAUCGCACACAUACAUCCGCGUGCCUUUUGGGGUUUAAAUGACAUCAGAGAUAUACGGUGAUUGGAAAUAUAAUGGUACUUUGGGGACGUUUUAUUUAUCGAGAUGAGAAUGUUGCUGUGACUAUGGUUAUACGCAACUUGGCAUUGGCAGAUAUAUUGAUGGGCUUCUAUUUGAUUACAAUUGGUGUACAGGAUUACCGUUAUCGCAGCGAGUAUUAUAAAGUCGCACUCGAUUGGAUAACAUCCUGGCAGUGUGCUGCUAUCGGCUCCUUGGCCGUCACCUCAUCCGAAGUUUCCAUGCUAAUACUCGCCUUCAUGUCAUUCGAACGCUUUCUACUUAUCGCCGAUCCGUUUCGUGGUCAACACCGCAUCGGCAUAAAAAAUAUUUUUAUUGCCCUUCUGGUCAUUUGGUUAAUGGGCGUGGGCAUUGCUGUAGCGCCAGUUGCACUCUGGCAUUCUAGCACCAAAUUCUAUGGCACCUACUCGGGCACUUGCUUUCCGCUGCACAUCCAAGAGCCCUACCCGCUGGGUUGGCAAUAUUCAGCUUUCAUUUUUUUAGGCGUCAACUUAUUUUUACUACUGAUGAUUGCUCUCCUCUACACAGCGUUGCUCAUUUCCAUUUGGCGUACGCGUAAAGCAACACCACUGUCGCUGUUGGAUUGUGAGUUUGCAGUACGUUUCUUCUUCAUUGUCCUGACAGAUGUGCUGUGUUGGGCGCCCAUUAUAGCUGUGAAGAUUUGGGUUUUCUUCAACUAUAACAUUUCGGACGAUAUCUACGCUUGGCUGGUUGUCUUCAUAUUGCCACUGAAUUCCGCUGUCAAUCCGCUGCUCUACACAUUCACAACACCAAAAUAUCGUAAUCAAAUACUGUUACGCGGUUGGAAGAAAAUUACAUCGCGGCGUCGUGCUGAACCCUCCAACGGUUUAGCGACGACGAUUGCAACCGCUACAGCAUCCUCAAAUCCGGAUGAAUCUUCGGGCAAAGCUAUACCGCUAACAGUAAAUCACUGAGGGCACCGAAAAUACCUACAUACAUACAUACACACAUAUGUAUUUAUAUAUUUAAACGCAUCGAUAUGUAUUUUCACACCACUAAGUGGUUGAGCGUGUAGUUCUACGACAAAAUAUUUAUUAUUUAAUAUGUAUGUUUAAGUGUGUGUACAUUUUUUAGAUGUAUCUAUUAGCAUUAAGUGCAACAAUAUGUAUUUACAAACAUACCUACAUACAAUGUCUGCUACCUCAAAAUGUCGAGUACAAAAACAAUUGCCGUAGCAGUUUAUCAAAAUACCAAAGAAUAGAAAUUGAGAAGCAUUUAUGAUGCAUUUACCUAAAUAAAUACAUAUAAAAUAAACAUACAUACAUAUGUACAUCCAUGCAUGCAUAAACAAGUGUAUUCCUGGCGGCUAUUGGUGCGUGUAUGUAUGUGUAUGCAUAUUUAGAUCUAGUAUUAUAUUUAAACGCUUAAACAAUUUUGUUUAUGGUUUCUUUUACGAACUUUUUUUCGGUGAUACAUACAUACAUACAUAUGUACAUAUGUACGGGUACGUAUGGUAUGUGAUAUGACGUAAAUAAUGUAGAAUUUUAAUACUUAGUAUGUUUGUAUAUAAAUAUUGCAUGAUGUUUUUGAGAGUUCGUAUUUAUCGUAACUGUAACCGAUAAUACGCGCUUAAGUGAUUUAAAAUGUACGUAAUGUAUGUGCGUGUGUGGGUGUAUUUAUGUUAAAAAAAAAAUAAGAUUAUUGUUUCAAUAAA